GUGAAAACUGUGAUGUAGCUGUGUCGAUGGUAGCUCAUGUAAAGGGACUUAAAAUAAUUUAGCAGGUGUUCGUGUUUUACAUUUUGAACGCCAUGUCCUACAACUACGUUGUCACAGCGCAGAAACCAACUGCAGUAAAUGCCUGCAUUACUGGCCACUUCACCUCCGCGGAGGACUUGAACUUGCUGAUCGCCAAGAACACACGGCUCGAGAUCUAUGUGGUCACUGCGGAGGGGCUACGGCCCGUCAAGGAGGUGGGCAUGUAUGGCAAGAUUGCAGUUAUGGAGCUCUUCAGGCCCAAGGGCGAGAGCAAGGACCUCCUCUUCAUCCUCACAGCCAAGUACAACGCCUGCAUCCUGGAGUACAAACAGAACGGAGAGAGCAUCGACAUCAUCACUCGUGCUCACGGAAAUGUUCAGGACCGCAUCGGGCGCCCGUCUGAGACUGGCAUCAUUGGCAUCGUGGACCCCGAGUGUCGCAUGAUUGGCCUGCGUCUAUACGACGGCCUGUUCAAGGUGAUCCCCCUGGACAGGGAGAACCGCGAGCUCAAGGCCUUCAACAUCCGCCUGGAGGAACUCCAGGUCAUAGACGUCCACUUCCUCUACGGCUGCCAGGCACCCACCGUCUGCUUCAUAUACCAGGACCCCCAGGGGCGACACGUGAAGACCUAUGAGGUGUCUCUGAGGGAGAAGGAGUUCAACAAGGGCCCCUGGAAGCAGGAGAACGUGGAGGCUGAGGCAUCCAUGGUCAUCCCAGUACCCGAGCCAUUUGGGGGCGCUAUAAUCAUUGGCCAGGAGUCCAUCACGUAUCACAACGGAGAUAAAUAUCUGGCCAUUGCUCCCCCCAUCAUCAAGCAAAGCACCAUAGUGUGCCAUAACCGUGUGGACCCGAAUGGUUCCCGCUACCUGCUGGGUGACAUGGAGGGAAGACUCUUCAUGCUGCUGCUAGAGAAAGAGGAGCUGAUGGACGGAGGAGUGGUGCUCAAGGACCUACGUGUUGAACUGCUAGGAGAGACGUCCAUUGCAGAGUGCCUGACGUACCUGGAUAACGGUGUGGUGUUCGUGGGCUCUCGUCUGGGAGACUCGCAGCUGGUUAAGCUGAAUGUGGACAGCAAUGACCAGGGCUCUUACGUGGGAGUGAUGGAGACCUUCACUAACCUGGGCCCCAUCGUGGACAUGUGUGUGGUGGACCUGGAGAGGCAAGGACAGGGCCAGCUGGUCACCUGUUCAGGUGCGUUUAAGGAGGGCUCCCUGAGGAUCAUCCGCAAUGGCAUCGGCAUCCACGAGCACGCCAGCAUUGACCUGCCAGGGAUCAAAGGUCUGUGGCCCCUGCGCUCUGAGGCCGGCAGGGAGACGGAUGAUAUGCUGGUGCUCUCCUUCGUCGGUCAGACCAGAGUCCUAAUGCUGAGUGGAGAGGAGGUGGAGGAGACAGAGCUCCCAGGCUUUGUGGAUAACCAGCAGACCUUCUUCUGUGGCAACGUGGCCCAUCAACAGCUCAUCCAGAUUACUUCGGGCUCGGUGCGCCUUGUGACCCAGGAGAGCAAGUCCCUGGUGAGCGAGUGGAAGGAGCCCCAGGGGAGGAACAUCAGCGUGGCCGCCUGCAACCCCACACAGGUGGUGCUCGCCGUGGGCAGAGUGCUCUACUACCUGCAGAUCCUCACCGGAGAACUCAAGCAGAUCAGCACCACAGAGAUGGAGCACGAGGUGGCCUGCCUGGACAUCACCCCGCUGGGGGAGAGCGGCGGCGAGUCCUGGCUGUGCGCCGUGGGCCUCUGGACAGACAUCUCGGCCCGCGUGCUCAAGCUGCCCUGCUUCAGCCCCCUGCACAAGGAGAUGUUGGGCGGAGAGAUCAUCCCUCGCUCCAUCCUGAUGACCACGUUCGAGGGCAGCCACUAUCUGCUGUGCGCCCUUGGAGACGGAGCUCUCUUCUAUUUCGGCCUGGACCUACAGACAGGUGCCCUGAGUGAGCGUAAGAAGGUUACUCUGGGCACCCAGCCCACGGUGCUGCGCACGUUCCGUUCCCUCUCCACCUCCAACGUGUUCGCCUGCUCCGACCGGCCCACGGUGAUCUACUCCAGCAACCACAAGCUGGUCUUCUCCAACGUCAACCUCAAGGAGGUCAACUACAUGUGCCCCCUCAACUCAGAGGGAUACCCUGACAGUCUGGCCCUGGCCAACAACAGCACUCUCACUAUCGGCACUAUUGAUGAGAUCCAGAAGCUACACAUCCGCACAGUGCCCCUCUACGAAUCACCCAGGAGGAUCUGCUACCAGGAGGUGUCCCAGUGUUUCGGCGUGCUGUCCAGCAGAGUGGAGAUGCAGGAUGCCAGCGGUGCCACCAACCCAGUCCGCCCCAGCGCCAGCACUCAGGCUCUCUCCAGCAGUGUGAGCUCCAGCAAGCUGUUCCCCAGCAGCACCUCCCCUCACGAGACCUCCUUUGGGGACGAGGUGGAGGUACACAGCCUGCUCGUGGUGGACCAGCACACAUUUGAAGUUCUGCAUGCCCACCAGCUGCUCCAGAACGAGUAUGCCCUGAGCAUGGUGUCGUGUAAGCUGGGCAGAGACCCGGCGGUGUACUUCGUGGUGGGCACGGCCAUGGUCUACCCAGAGGAGGCGGAGCCCAAGCAAGGACGCAUCAUCGUAUUCCACUACACUGACGGGAAGCUCCAGACGGUGGCUGAGAAGGAGGUGAAGGGAGCGGUGUACUCCAUGGUGGAAUUCAACGGCAAACUGCUCGCCAGCAUCAACAGCACUGUGCGUCUAUACGAGUGGACGGCUGAGAAGGAGCUGCGUACGGAGUGCAACCACUACAACAACAUCAUGGCCCUCUACCUGAAGACCAAGGGGGACUUCAUCCUGGUGGGGGACCUCAUGAGAUCAGUCCUGCUGCUCGCCUACAAGCCCAUGGAGGGCAACUUCGAGGAGAUUGCAAGAGACUUCAACCCCAACUGGAUGAGUGCAGUUGAGAUCCUGGACGAUGACAACUUCUUGGGGGCAGAGAAUGCGUUUAACCUCUUCGUCUGCCAGAAAGACAGUGCGGCCACCACAGACGAGGAGCGUCAGCAUCUGCAGGAGGUGGGCGUGUUCCACCUGGGGGAGUUUGUCAACGUCUUCUCGCACGGCUCCCUGGUGCUGCAGAACCUGGGGGAGAGCUCCACACCCACACAGGGCUCAGUGCUGUUCGGGACAGUCAAUGGCAUGAUCGGCUUGGUGACAUCUCUGUCUGAGGGCUGGUACAGCCUGCUGCUAGAUCUGCAGAACAGACUCAACAAGGUCAUCAAGAGUGUGGGGAAGAUUGAGCACAGCUUCUGGAGGUCAUUCCACACGGAGCGCAAGACGGAGCAGGCCACGGGCUUCAUCGACGGAGACCUGAUCGAGAGCUUUCUGGACCUGGGCAGAGCCAAGAUGCAGGAAGUGGUCAGCGGCCUGCAGAUUGACGAUGGUAGUGGUAUGAAACGGGAGGCGAGUGUGGACGAGGUCAUUAAGAUCGUGGAGGAGCUGACUCGUAUCCACUAGCCGUCCAGCCAGCGCUACUCCCCAGCCAGCUCUGGACAUGUAUAUAAAUAAAUCCAUCAUAGGGGGUGUGUGCACGUGCGUGUGUUUCUCUGUGUGUAUGUGUGUGUGUAUGUGUGUGUGUGUGUGUGCGUGUACAUGCGUGCGCAUGCAUGUGUCCCCACUCCAUUUUGAGAUAAACCUCCUCUCCACGCUUCCCUCUUAGCACACUCAACGAUAGGAGCUCUCAUGCCAGCGGGCUCUGUCUCUGUUACACACACACGCACACACGCACAUGUGCACACACACACACACAUGCACAUGCGCACACGCACACAUGCUCAUACAAUACCAUACGCUCCAGUAGGACACCGCUAUGGUGUGUGUGUGGAUUGGAAGCAGCUCUUGGAGGCAACAGGUGAUGAUGGACUUGGUUGCAGACCAACUGGACCUUGACAUGGUAGUUGUCAGUCAGUCAGGAGGAGAAGUUGGAGGAUAAAGACGACGUUAAACGGCACUGUCAUGAGCUUUAAUUAACAGGCCGUCGAACCGAUGGCCUGCGGCCCAGAGAGGGACGCAUUGUGGGAGGAGAGUGGUGCAUUGUGGGGGAAAUGGAGCGAGCAUCACAGGAGGGCUCCUCAGGUGGAGCCGAAAACAAGAAAGGGUGUUGAAAUGAUACAAUUUUUAGUGGUUUUGUUUUCUUCUUUUUCGUUUUCCUCCCUUGUUUUUGUUUUCUUUUUUUUGUCUGUGAUAUUUCUUUUAAUAAAAUUUGCAUCAGUAUUUCCUCUAAA